GGAGGGACGCCGGGCCAAUCAGCGGCUGCGUCGCUUCGUGAGUCGCCCGAUCGCGGUCUGAUCCCCGAAUCAUGGCAGACGAUCAUGAGACAGCAACAAAAGAUGCGGAGGAGCAAGACGGCUGCGGCAGCGACUGUGAGAAUGAAGAGGAGCACGCGCACACUAAAGGUAAGAGUCCAGGGGAUGAACUGGGAGCAAAGAAGAAGAAAAAGAAACCGAAACGGAAGAAGGAGAAGGGUGGAGGGAAGCUAGACUCGGAAGAUCCAUCUAAGGUUAAUUCUUUGCCUGCCGAGAAGUUGCAGGAGAUCCAGAAGGCCAUUGAGCUUUUUUCUGUUGCCCAAGGUCCUGCAAAGAGCAUGGAAGAAGCUACCAAAAGGAGUUACCAGUUCUGGGAUACCCAGCCAGUGCCAAAACUUGGUGAAGUAGUGACAGUCCAUGGCCCAAUUGAGCCAGACAAGGAUAAUAUUCGUCAAGAACCCUACAGCCUACCGCAGGGAUUUCUAUGGGAUGCCCUGGAUCUUGGGAAUGCUGAAGUGUUGAAGGAACUGUAUACGCUGCUGAAUGAGAACUACGUGGAGGAUGAUGACAACAUGUUUAGAUUUGAUUAUUCACCGGAGUUUUUACUGUGGGCACUGCGUCCCCCUGGCUGGUUACUUCAGUGGCACUGCGGUGUACGGGUCGUCUCCAAUAAGAAACUAGUGGGUUUCAUCAGUGCCAUUCCAGCUAAUAUUCAGAUUUAUGACCAUUUGAAGAAGAUGGUGGAGAUUAAUUUUCUGUGUGUGCAUAAGAAGUUGCGCUCCAAACGUGUGGCACCAGUCUUGAUCCGUGAGAUCACCAGGAGAGUCAACCUCGAAGGCAGCUACCAGGCUGUGUACACAGCAGGGGUGGUACUGCCGAAACCUGUGGGAACUUGCAGGUACUGGCACAGGUCACUCAACCCACGCAAACUAGUAGAGGUGAAGUUCUCCCAUCUGAGCAGAAACAUGACUAUGCAACGAACAAUGAAAUUAUAUAGACUGCCAGAGACCACAAAAACACCUGGCCUGCGACCAAUGGAGCGUAAGGAUGUGAAGCAUGUGUGCAGGCUGCUGAGGGAAUACCUGACACAGUUCUAUCUGACCCCAGCAAUGAACGAAGAGGAGGUUGCUCAUUGGUUCCUACCUCGGGAAAAUAUUAUAGAGACUUAUGUUGUUGAGAGCACUGAUGGAGAAUUGACAGACUUCUUCAGUUUUUACACUCUCCCUUCCACCAUCAUGCAUCAUCCUGUCCACAAGAGCCUGAAGGCUGCUUACUCUUUUUAUAAUGUGCACACCAAGACUCCUCUCGUUGACCUCAUGAAUGAUGCCCUCAUCCUUGCAAAGUCGAAGGGAUUUGAUGUUUUCAAUGCACUGGACCUGAUGGAAAACAAAACCUUUUUAGAAAAGCUGAAAUUUGGAAUUGGAGAUGGCAAUCUGCAGUAUUAUCUAUACAAUUGGAAGUGCCCCAGCAUGGCUGCUGAGAAGGUUGGGCUUGUGUUGCAGUAAAUUUGCCAUCACUGGAGCUGGGAAAAGCCACCGAUCAGCCAUAUCGGGGAAGGUCUGCUGAUCCCUGGUCUGACAGCGCUGAGUAUGGAAGAUCACGGAAUGGGAGGGAAUGGAGCUCGUGGAUUUCAGACCGAGAGUUUACAGAUUAUACCAUCCCAUAGACAUUUACUAUUCUGCCCAACUCUGUCAAAUCAAGAUUAUAUGCAUUAUACAUGAUUUUAAUAAAUGGAUUAGAACCUGUCUAAUUGGAAAAGGCACUCUCAAGUAUGCAAAGAUUGAAGGCUUCUUUUAUAUCUCUCUGUGGGAUAUAUUUGACUUUGGGUUCUCUCAUCCAAAAACAUUGCAUCAACUACAAUAUGUCUCAUUCAUUAAAACUCUAAGAAUCCAAUUGCUUUACAUUUUAACCUGAGUAGAGUUCUUUUCAGUGGAUGAUAUCCUAAUUGUGGAACCUUUGGGCAGUCUCUUUCGUGAACAGACUUUAAACACUCUCGAGCAGUAUUUCUAAUUUGCAGCGUUGUCUUUGCUGGGUGUUUCUAGGUUUUAGAAUUGCAGGAAUUUUCUCUGUGCUUUGGAGAGUUUCUAAAGAGGAUGCUGCGCACUGCAAUUUUAGUUUCCAAGAAGUCCAGCCUACACACAUUAUUUGGGUAUUGGGAGUUAAAUCUGUGAAGAGUAAUGUGCAGGAGUGAGGGUAGCACUUGGUGUUAACAUUCAAAUUUUCUACCAGAAAUUGCAAAUACAUAACAGUUAAUGUAAAUCAAUGUUAACAGUGGGAGCAAGUCUUAAUGCAAUAUCCAACAGUCAACAAUGCAAUGAACGGGUGUGUAUGUGUAUGUCUCUGUCUGUCCAUCUCCAUGGUGCUCUUGCUUUCUCUUCAGUUAGUGUAAUCCUUACCUUUUAUGGUCCGUCUAAUGUGGAUGGCAACUACUCUCCCGUUGUCCUCUCACUCUCAUACAUGCUGUCUUUCUUUACUGAACUUCCGUUCGUUCUUUUCCUCCUGUGAUAACUAUAAAUCUCAUGGAUUAAUGAGAAUUAAAUGUCAUUGCAUUGUGGUGAAAUCUCUAAAGUGACUGAUUUGAAUGCUGUAUUCAUAAAACAAAUUUGCAUCUAAAAUGUGCUCUGUGCAAUCUGAAGAUUAUCUGUGCCACCCCUUAUUGUAUGGGCAGGUAUCUUUCUAAGUCUAAAUCUGGUUGAGAGUUGGUAAAGUUUGGUGAUGGUUAGUAGAACCUGGACAGUGAACCAUACUGAGACCUGCAUUUUCCACAUGGGAUUGGGGUCAGUUGCAUGGCUUCCCUGUUUACAUUGGAUCUAAGCUGCUAAGAUCCUGCUAACCACCUGAAAUGACUUUAGUUUUCAGCAGUUUUCUUUUUUUUUCAAUUUUGUUUGCUGUAAUUUAUGACUGUGAGAAUAACAUUCUAUGAUGCUCAGGGACUGUGUUUUACAUUGUUCCGGAACCUGCCCUAUUAUUGAACAUGUACCUGCUGUAAAAGAGGAAAGCUCGACAUAAUUCACUAAAGCCAGCAGUGUGCCUUUAUUCUGUUUCUAGCUGUACCAUGAGCACCAUGUCUACAAAACUGUAUCUCAUCUCUUUCAGCCCUCCCAAAGUGAAAUGUAGAUAUCAAGGACAAAAGGCUAUUUACAUGUAGCACCUAUCCUGUAGUGAUUGGAUAUUUGCUUAGCAUUCCAACUGUAACUUAAGUGGAGUAGCAAUGACACUCUAAUUAGUAAUGUGGAAAUUGGGACCAAAGAAGAUGAAUUUUCAUUAACGGAAGAGAAAAAUAGGGUGACGUGGUGGCUCAGUGGUUCGCACUGUCUGUGUGGAAUUUGCACAUUGUCCCUGUGUCUGCAUGGAUUUUCUCCCACAAUCCAAAGAUGCGCAGAUUAGGUGAAUUGGCCAUGCUAAAUUGCAUAUUCAGGGAUGUGUCGACUAGUUGCAUUAGUCGGGGGAAAUGUAGAGUAAUAGGGUAGGGGAAUGGGUUAGAACAUAGAACAUAGAAGGAUACAGCGCAGUACAGGCCCUUCGGCCCUCGAUGUUGCGCCGACCGAAUCCUACCUAACCUAUACUAGCCCAAUAACUUCCAAAUGCCUAUCCAAUGCCCGCUUAAAUGACCAUAAAGAAGGAGAGUUCACCACUGAUACGGGCAGGGCAUUCCAUGAACUCACAACCCGCUGUGUGAAGAAUCUACCCCUAACAUCUGUCCUAUACCUUUGGGUGGGAUACUCUUCAGAGGGUCCAUGUGGACUUGAUGGGCUGAAUGGCCGGUUUCCACACUAGUUAUUCUAUGAAAAUACUGCAAAUUCUGGAAUGAAAACUAACAAUGUUGAAAAUACCUUAUAGGUUUGACAGUAUCUUUAAAGUGAGAAACAGAGUUAGUGGUUCGCAUUUAGCAUUUUCUGGUUUUAUUGCAUGAACUCAGUUUUUAAUAGUUCUAGAGGACUUGUUAACUAUUUAUGGAAUGAGGGAAUCAUUUUAUUGCACAGAGGACCAUUAAAAGACAGCCACGUUGCUGUUGAUCUGCAGUUCCGUGUGGAGCAGACUGGGUCAGAUUGGCAGAUUUCCUUCCCUGAAGGACGUUAGUGAACCAGAUGAGCUUUAGUAACAUUCCUUAUGGUUGCCGUUGGGCCAGCUUUUAAUUUCAGAGUUUUUGAAUGCAAAUUUCACCGUCUGCCGUAGUGGAUUCAAACCCAUGGCCCCACAAAAUUAGCUCCGGUGACAUCACUUCCCCUGCUGGCAUUAGAAAAAAUGUUGAAAGCCCAUUCAGUUCAUUAAUGUCCUUUUGGAAAGGAAAGCAGUCUCGACAUGGUCUGCUCUGUGUGUGACCCCAGUCCCGUACUGAUGCCCUUAACAUCUCAAUGGCCAGCAGUUAACUCCUGAAGGUACUCACCAUGUGAUUUUAAGACCCCUGGAGAUGAGAGUAAAUGUAAAUCUUGCCUCUGUCACUCACAUUAAAUAACAAAGUGAAAAAGAGUAGGAAUUGGGAAUGAUCCCUUUUUCAUUCAUUGUUAGAUACUACAUUCUGUUAUGACCUAAAUGCAACAUAGUAUGUCCUAACCCAUCUCACUUUGUGUUCUUAACCAAUUCUGACCUGGUCUUGUUCAGCCCUCGCUUCUUCACCAAAUCAGGGAGUUUACUACGUAUCAUACAGAAGUACAAAGUUAACAUUUCACAAUAUCGACAGAGAUUGAGUGAGACUCUGCUGUGGUUCCAUGCUUAUGAACCCUACGAUCUGUUUCCUGUGUUCUGUUGACCCACUGUCAUUUUCUGGAAGUAUCUAGUUUGUUCUGAGUUCUCUUUUGUCAUAGAGUCCUUUCGCAUGGAAACAGACAAUUUUUCUGACUUAAACAUGGUGGGAUUUGAUUUGAUUUAUUAUUGUCACAUUCAGAGUCAUCGACAUGAAUACAGACCCUUCAGUCCAACUCAUCCAUGCCAGCCAGAUAUUACAAAUUAAUCUAGACCCAUUUGUCAGUAUUCCUAUAAACCCUUCCUAUUUGUGUACCCAUCCAGAUGCCUUCUAAAUGUUAUAAUUGUACCAGCCUCCACCAGUUCUUCUGGCAGCUCAUUCCAUACACUCAUUGACUCUCAAAUGGAGUUAGUUAGAUUCACACAAGACCCAUCCCCACCUCUUUGCUCUCUCCCUGUAAGUAACCCUACAUUUUCCCAUGACUAUGGGCAAUUUAGAAUGGCCAAUCCUAACCUCCACAUUGUUGGACAGGGGGGGAGGAAACUGGAGCAAAUCCACACAGACCCCGGCAGAAUGUGCAAACCACACAGACAAGUCACCCAAGGGCAGAACUGAACCCAGAUCCGUGGCGCUGUGAAGCGGCAGUGCUAACCGCUGAGAGACUGUGCCUGCCUCACCAGUUAACGACAGCAUGGCUGAUGUGUUUUAGUCUCAAUUCCAUAUUCCAGUUUGUAGCCCCCAUCAAACAUUUCAAUCUUGGAUUAUUUUAAAUGACCCAGCCUCCAUUACUUUCUGAGAAAGAAUUGCACAGAUUAGUAACCCCCAAAAGAAAAAGUUCUCCUUACUCUUAAAUAAGAGACACUUUUUUUUAUAUAUAAAGUUCUCCCUAGUUUUAGACUCAUCCACAAGAAAAAUGUUCUCAACCCUUUAAAGGCCACUUUAAUACAAAGAGCUCUACCCAGUUGUCUUAAACUCUAAUAGGCCUUAACUGCUCAACCUUUCUUCAUAAGGUAACCCUCUCAUCCUGGAGUUCUGAAAAGAGUCGCUGGAACCCAAAUGUUAAAUUUGUUUUGUCUCCACAGAUGCUGCCAAACCUGAUGAGUUUCUCCAGCAUCUUUCUUUUUUGUUGCCUUUCCCAGGAAUCAGUGAAAUCAACCUUCUCUGAUCUGCUUCUAAUCCAGUUUUUUUUAAGGUGACCACAUGUGAUCUAACUCAAGACCCAAUAUAGUUGUGGAACCCUCUUACUUUUGUAUUCAACUACUCUUGUAAUAAAUGCCAACGUUCCAUUCACUGUCGUAAACACUUGCUGCACCUGCAUACCAACCUUUUGUAACUCAUGUAGCAGGACAUCCAGAUCCCUAUGUAGUCUAUAGUCCUGUUUAGUUAAGUAAUGUACUUUGUUUCUGACCUGUCAACAUGGACAAGUUAAUAUUUUCCCAUAUAUUGGAAACUUUAGCUCACUCCCAACCCCUAACUUCAUAGAAUGCCAUGUCCUCUUGAUAAUUUACAUUCCCACCCAUUUUUGUGUCAUCAGCAAAUUUACUGCUAUGUGUUCAGUCCUUCAACAUUUUUGAGUGGAAUUUGUCGAGGAAGAUCAGCUCAUCAGAUACUUCUCCAACAUGGCUUGGUCAAUUGUACCCUUAAAUGUACAAGGGUAGGCUUCUUGAGCCAUUUGACCUCUUGAGCCCACUCCUUCAUUCAGUGUGAUCAUGACUGGUCUAUUUGUGCUUUGAAUUCUACAUUCUCAUCUGUUCUGGAUAGCAUUAAAUUUCCUUGGCUAACAAAUAUCUCUACCUCCACCUUAAAAAAGAUCAGAUCCACUGUCUUCUGAGGCAAUGAGUUCCAAAGUAACGCAAUCUUCAGAGAGAGACAGAGAAUCCUUUUGUCUCUAAAAGGACAACCUGUAGUUUUCCACUUUUUAAAAAAAAAUGUUCAUAACCUUAUGAACCUCAAUUAAAUGACUUCACUCUUACGAAUGCCAUGAAAACCAGCCCAGAUUGUCCAAUGUUUCCUGGUAAGCUAACUUAUUGUAUCAGAUAACAAUCCAGUAAUAAAACUCUUCUGAAACACUCCAAUGCAUUUUCAUCCUGACUCAGUUGAGAACAAAACCAUAUGCAGUAUUCCAGAUAUGAUCUCCAUAAUGCCCCAUAUAACUGAAGCAUAAUGUUCUUAUUUUUAUGUUCAAUUUGUCUUGUAAUAAAGCAAAACAUUUCAUUAGC